GAGGACUGGGCUCGGGCGCAGAGGGGCGGGGCUCAGCGGGUGCACGCGGGCGCCGGCGCGGCGCAGCUCAGGGUCGCCAUGGCGGAGGUGCAGCAACUCCGAGUGCAGGAGGCUGUGGACGCCAUGGUCAAAAGUGUGGAGCGAGAGAACAUCAGGAAGAUGCAGGGCCUCAUGUUCCGGUGCAGCGCCAACUGCUGCGAAGACACCCAAGCCUCUAUGCAGCAGGUGCACCAAUGCAUCGAGCGCUGCCAUGCACCUCUGGCUCAAGCCCAGGCUCUGGUCACCAGUGAGCUGGAAAGGUUCCAGGACCGCCUGGCCCGGUGCACCAUGCACUGCAAUGACAAAGCCAAAGACUCAAUGGAUGCAGGAACUAAGGAGCCUCAGGUGAAGCGACAGCUAGAGAGCUGUGUGGCCAAGUGUGUGGAUGACCACAUGCACCUCAUCCCAACAAUGACCAAGAAGAUAAAGGAGUCUCUGUCGUCUAUCGGGAAAUAAGAUUGUUUGCCAGUGACCAUUGGGACUAAGGGCAGGCUAUUUAAGAGGAAGAAUGAAAGUUUAAUGUGUUAGGCAAAGUUUAUGAAUGAAGAAAACUUAGGACACAGCAAGUUCCAGGCAAAUGCUGCUCACUGCUGGACACUGGUUCCUUUACAUUGGAUCUUAGAAGGUGGACUAGAAAGCAGCUGGUGCUAAGACUUGGAUCGCAGAUCGCUCAGAGAAGUCUAGAUCCUAAAUAUUCAUGUGCAAGUGUUUGUUCUGUAGGAGAGAUCAACCUUGCACCAAGAGCUGAGAUUGUUACUACAAACAUCCAGGCUGGCAGCUCCCUUCCACCUGCUGGUAAAAUCUGAGGAGAGGUGCAUCUCUUCAGAGAAGCUUGGCAAACCCUGUUUACCAGAAGUAUCAACACACCACCUUACAUAUGCUGUGAAACAAAACCCAGUAGGCUAGUAAUUUAGAGGAAAGGAUUCCCUUUUCAAAUCUAUAUUUUGCAUAGUUUUGUCUUAUAUGCAGAGCACACUAGAUUUAAGAUACAGGAGGGAGAGUGGUUUGAAUAACUUCUAAAGGUUCAUAGUACUAUCUGCUAUCAGGAUGGGAAUGUCCAUUUCUUCAAAUUCUCUUAUUCUGGAAGCCCCUGAAGAAGCCAGACAGUGUCACACAGUGUACAUGGGAAACAGCUUUCUUCACUGACUUGUGCAGCAAAAUGACACAUCCUUAUGAAAAGCAAGGGGAUUGGUUGUCACUCACAUGCCAGAGAAUAAACGGCAAGUAGGAAUUGUUGAGAAGAGUUGGGCUUGGGUUCACAAAAUAAAAGUGCGAACCUAGUAUUAAUCAGCUCUGAAUUUACAGAGCCUUAUAGCAACAAGGAGGCCCAAAAGCAUCUUGUCCAAGGAAAGCUAGGACCACUAUAGAGCAAGAUAGGUACACACCUUCUUACCAUCUGCCAUUUUGCCUGGGUUUUUUGUUUAUUUUGUUGUUUUUUGGCAGUGCAGUGUUGCUGGCCCAACAUAGCACCUUAUCUUUUGGAUAAGUACUAUGUUGUAUUUAUACCAAUUAAUUACUUGAAACAGUGAUACAUCUGUCUGUCUGCUGUGUCAAGCCUGCAAUAUAUUUUCCAAGUGGUUUGAUUUUUAAAUAAAGUUUCAUUGUCUCUA